AUGAACCAGUAUACUUUUGAGAAGGAGAACUAUGCCCGCAUCCAGGCGGUAGAGAACUCAUUCGGCGCUGCAGGGCGAGCUCUGUCCAAGCCAGGCCGCUUUCUGAUGGGAGAGGGCCGUCUGAUGAAGCAGAGUCAAAAACGGAGGAAAUCGCAGCCCAAAGACUUCUUCCUCUUCAAUGAUGUGCUGGUUUACGGCAGCAUCAUCCUGAACGGACGCUGGCACAAGAAUCAGAAGAUCCUGCCUCUAGAGGACAUCCAGCUGGAGGACAUGGAGGACGGAUUGAACAUGAGUAACCAGUGGCUGAUCCGCACACCUUGCAAGUCUUUCUUCGUGUCCGCCGCCUCAAACGAGGAGAAGCAGGCCUGGAUGCAUCACAUCGAAGAGUGCCGCUCAAACCUCCUGAGGGAGAGCAGGCUCCAGCCCGGUUCGGUCUUCGCCAGCUCCUGGAUUCCCGACUGGUCCACCUUCAAAUGCAUGCGCUGCUUAGACACUUUCACCCCGACCAAACGACGACACCACUGCAGGAGCUGCGGCUUCGUGGUGUGCAACACCUGCUCCAAACAGCGCGCUGUGAUCAGUAACAUCCACCCGACCAAGAAGCUGAGGGUGUGCCGUCUCUGCAAGAUAAACAUCGAGAAAGAUGAUGUGACUCGUGAGAGGGGAGACAGCACUGGAAAGAGCUCAGAGGAGGAGAGCGAGGAAGACGAGGAGGUGAAGAUGACAGAGAACUUCCCAGAGAGCAACUGGCUGGAUGCCCAGUCGGGAACAUGGGGGCGGAUGAGCAUCUACGACUACCCAAAACCCAUGCACCUACGGGCCUGA